UUAUUUUUUCUUGUCAAUAAAGUUUGAAAGAUCCGAACAUUUUUGACAUAAGUUUAUUAUCCAAAAUCAUGCAGUCCCAAAAGAAAAAUUCAGGAUCGUAUUUAACCAAACACCAAUCGAUGGUAUCGCAAAAUGUUAAACAAUCAAAUAACAGAAAAUUAUCAGUGGCCAGUCAAACCGAAUCGUUGCCAGACUUUAAUGAGCUGAGUUUGUUCAAAUUCGAGCCCACUUCCAUGAAGGAAAACAAGGAAAUCUAUUCUAAAACAUUAUUGUUUAUGAACGCAUUUCACGACAACAUGAACAAAGCUUUAGAAAAGAACAUGGUUGCAGAUGAAGUUGUUUUAGAUGCCGAAUUCAAAAUUCCAGAAGUGCCGGAUUAUUUCAAGAUUUUCGAACUGUUAGUAACUCAAAACAGAGACCAAGUGAUAAAGAAGCGUCAAGUGAAUAAAGUCACCAGCAUUCCUUCAAGCUGGGAAGUUGAGGCAAAACUGGAAGAUACUGCUGGUGAUGGCGUAUCUGCAGGAAAUGAAAAGAAAAAAUCAGAUGUUCAAUUAUUAUACGUAAAUAGCGUGGGUGAUGGCCCAACCGAUGAUACACUUAAGCAAACUAACGAAAACGAAAACUUAGAUAAGAGUGAAAUCAAAGAAGUUAUAGAUGAUUAUCAAAUGACAGCUAAUUCAAGAACUACUUUAACUCCAAUGAGACUUGUCAAAUCGGAAAAAGACGUUCUGAGUAAAUCAAACAAUUACACCUGUAAUACUUUAUACGAACCCUUGAGAAUUACUAAUACAGUUCAAAGAUCACCGAAUCAAUUUUAUGAAGAAUCUAUUUCUCUUAAUGCUGAAGAUCUAACACAUAAUAAUGUCCAAUCGAUCGACCAUAUUGAAGAUGAUGAAAUAAAAAUCAACACGAACUUAAAUCUUAUGGAAUACACAUACAAUAAACUGGGCACUAAGCACAAAAAGGUCAACAGUAUGCCUAAAACGAUUUUCAACUAUGUAAAUAAAAAGAUGUUGAAUCAAGUGUCUCAAAGUCCUCAGAAAGUAAACGAAAUGUUUAAGAGAAUUUCCGGUAGAAAUAUAAGGAUUUCGAGUGAAGAUUAUCGACUUAAAAGGCACAUUUAUCAUCAGGAUCUUAUGAGUCACGAUAGUUUUUGCGAAAAUUGUAAAGAAAACUGUACUAAGGAGAUUAUACAAGAAGCUGGUGAUUAUAGAGCGAUAGCUAAUCGUGAUGAAGACUGGAAUAUCGAGAUGGGUAGUUCUAGUGACAGUGGUAAUUUGAAUGACGAAGAAUUUGAAAAUCUGAAUACAAAUGGAUACGUGCUGUGGACAAGACAGGAUAACGAGUCACAAGUCAAAAGGCCAUUGACAGAAAUCGAUGUAGCUAUUAAACCUGCCAAAUUUCAUCCUUUGGAGCUAACCGAAAAAGAUCGAUCUCUUAUAGACAAAGACAUGUUGAAAGCGAUAGGUUUGUUUACGGAAAAUGGAGACAUCAGACCGACAGUUAUCGGUAUACUGGAAGAGAAACAAAGAUCCGUUUCACAGAAACCAUCUAAAAAUGUCAAGUUUCGAACUGAACGCAAGCUCGAUGUUCAAGUUCGUUUCAACAAUAAGAAUUUAAGUGCGAAUAGAAAUGAGGCUGACGAUUCUUCUAGUAAUCCAAGCACCGAGGAACUUGGAAUCGAAGGAAGUAUUCGUUCUUCUGUCGUGACUGUUUCUUCUUCAGUCAGUGAAUCUGAUUUAACAGAUAUGCUGCCUAAAGUUAAUUAUUACGAGUAAUAAAUAAUAAUAUACCUAACAGUUCACUCUAAGUGCACCGUGCCAUCACAUCAAUAAAUUGAAACGAAAAAAAUGUCAAUGAGACAGAAUAUAACAUUUUCAA